UGUCACUGCGGAAUUCCAACGCUCUCAAGUCGUUCCUCCGGAAUCUUGCAUGCUAGCACAGCGUAGAAGAAGCUUCGAAGCCCGACCGUCUAUGGGUGUGUGCUCUGGUCCCUUACCUCCAACGCCAUUCUCACAUGCUCGAGACCGACAAGUAAAGGCAUCGAACGGGAAGCAUACCGCUUGAUAAGACAUGCGAGGCCAGUCUCCAGAGGCGUCCAAUCACCGCCCCUAGCUCGUCAACGAUAUGCAGCCCGGGUCUUCGCCGCCCUUUGUUUGGCCCUCUCCCGUUAACCAGUCGAUCCCCACAUACAUUUCGUAUAUCCCCCUCGAGAGGGAGGGCAGCCAGUUGUCCCGUGGUUUUUUUAUCGGUACCUCAUCAGCCACUAUCGUUUCCUUGUCCGUAUCCAAUGGAUCGAUACUCCUCCCCCAAACAUUCAGCCAGGUCACACAUGCACAUCAAAGUCAGCUCCAUCGACAUAGGCUGUUGGGAGAGGGGGGAAGUCUUGGCUGUCUUGCAGUCUCUAAGAUUUCUUUUCCUUUUCACGUCGUCGAAGCUUUGGGGGCUGACUUGCCCAAGCAACCAAAAUAUACCCAUCUCCUCUUGUCUCUUUCCCCACCCGCUCCACCACCUCCUUCUUGUCUCUUCGUUCAAGUCAUAUUUCGUCAAAAAUCCGUUGUCUGGUCAUGUCUAAUGGUGACCCGGGUGCUCGGAAGACCACACGGAUGGGAAGAAAAAAAAGUCGUGUCCAAAAUAGUAUCCGUCAUGCUGAAGAGGUAUCCAUGAUAGAACAAAGCAGCAAACUUUUUGUUUUGGCAACGGAACGGCAUAUCAAAAGUCUGCCUCUGCCCACGACAGGUUGAGAGAAAUGACUGCAUAAGGAAAAUGUUCGUGACUUGUGGGAAUCACUAGGCCGUAGAAGAAAGAUACGAAGA